UUCAUCAAUUCUUCUCUAAUACACUUCUCCGGGCUUUCCCAUAGAGUGAGUGUGCCUUCAUCAAUUCUUCUCUAGUACACUUCUCCGGCACUCAAAUAAAAAUUGAGAAGAAGUUCCGUUUGGAGGGAAAAUGGAAGUAAACGCGGGAACAGUUUCAUCAGAAACUCAAAGAUUUUCAAAUUCUUAAUCAACAGGUCAGAAUAAGAGGAGAGAAAGAGAUUCCUUAAUGGAUUCCUAUCUUCUCUCAAAUCCUCUAAAACCCCCAAUUUGAUUAUUUUAUUUAAUCUUUAAUUUUUUUCAAUUUUUUUGGAUUGAUUUAUUUAUUUAUCUAUUAGUUAAUGGAAUUAAGAAAUUUGAGUAAGAAAAGGAGGAGAAUCGAGUUAGAUUCUUCAGGAUUCGUAAUCCUGAGAAUUCAAAACCCUCCUUCUCCUCUGAUUUUAGCCACCACCGCCUCUGAUUCCAUUAUUCAUUUGAAAUCUGAUUCACUUUACACAAUUGGUCGUUGUAAUCGUUACUGUGAUUUUGUAUAUGAAGAUUCUAGAAUUAGCAAUCGUCACUGUCAAAUUCUCUUUGAUAGUAAUCAAAACAAGCUUUUUAUCAUAGACGGAUUCGUUAACAACUGUUGUUCUUCGAGUGAAAUUGGGGAUUUUUUCCGGGUUCGGAAAUGUAAUAAUAAAGAGGGUUUUGUUAGAGCUUCUACAAAUGGGGUCUUUGUUAAUGGUAUUAGGGUUAAGAAAGGUGGUGUCUUUGAUAUUUUUGUUGGUGAUAGUGUUUCAUUUGUAAAAACUGGGUCAACGUUCGAACCGAGUUUCUGUAUUUUAGUGGAAAAGAUUGUUUGCAAAGAGGAUGUUUUGUGUCGGAAUCAGAUUGGGUAUGAUGGUUGUAGUACUAGUAGUUGUAAGUGGUUACUGGAGGAGCGCCCAAAAACCAUUGUUGGAGGUUUUGGGUUUGGAAGGAGGCGGAGAAAUGAAGACUUGAUUGACCGGGCAGUUUUUCUUUUGAAUCAAUGUAGAGAGACAUUGCACAGUGUCGACCCAGUGGCGCACUUAAGGCGAUGUUGUAUGCUUUUGAGUAAUGAGAGAGAAAUGGCAAGGAUGGAAAAUGGACAUCCCCAUUAUUCUGCAGUUGUUUUUGGCUUUCCCGAUACGGAUGUAGUUGGCAGUGGUUUAAGAUGUGAUUCUGACAAAGUUGUUUGUCGAGAUAAUGGUAGUGAUUUGAAUUUGAAGUCUGGUCUGAAGGCACUAGGUUCAUCAUCUGGUAAGAAGUUUUAUCUAAACCGUAUCAAGUAUGUGGACCAUGAUGCUGUAUCCAAUCAGCAUGAAGUAGUGUCUCUACCAGAGCUUCUUCAUCCUGUUGCAAGCCUUUUGCGUGUAUUUAUUGCGACAUUUACGAAUGAUGUUUUAUGGUUUUUGUCAUGUUGUGAAGUUCCCACUCAUCUACCAAUAACUAUUGCAUGUCAUAACACAGAGAGGUGCUGGAGUUCAGACCUAGAUAAAAGAACCUCAGCACCCUACCCGGAAUAUCCCAACUUAGUACUAGUUUAUCCUCAGUUUCCUGAAGUUAUAGCUUUUGGAAAAGACCGCACAAAACAAGGUAUUGCAUGCCAUCAUCCAAAAUUGCUGGUCUUGCAAAGGGAAGAUAGCAUACGCAUUGUUGUUACUUCGGCAAAUUUAGUCUCAAAGCAGUGGAAUGAUGUGACAAAUACUGUUUGGUGGCAAGACUUUCCUCGUAGAAGGGAGGCUGAUUACUCAUCUCUCUUUACACAUUUUACUGAUGGGGACAAAAGCUUCAAAUCUGACUUUGCUGCUCAGCUAGCUGGGUUUGUAGCAUCACUUCUCAGUGAUGUACCUAGCCAGGCACAGUGGAUUGCAGAGUUGACUAAAUAUGACUUUUCUGGGGCCGUUGGUCAUCUGGUUGCUUCAGUUCCAGGAAUGCAUAAACACAAGAAUCCGUAUCCGUUGGAGCCUAUGAACUUUCUGUCUGCCAAACAUUGUUCAUCACGGUCAUUUGGCACGAAAUUCCUUGGUUCUGUCGAAGCUUCUGUAGUUGGCCUAAAGUACCGUUUUCAUACCAGUGCUGAUUCAAAUGGUGCACAGCUUAAAACAUUGGCUGCUUUUCUUAGAAGGUGCCAGGAAAAUGCAUUUGGGAUGUCAGAAGUUCUCUUAAGAAGAAACACUAAUAUACCUGCCGACUCAAAUGCUGUUAGUGUUCUCAUCUGCGACCUUGACGAAGCGUCCGAGGGAGAUUGCAUUCAACUAGGCUUUUUGCCGAGAAAUAUAGCAAAUUGGGUUGCUCCGCUGUGUGAUUCUGGUCUUUUUAGUUUUACUGCGUGCAUUUAUCCAAAGGAAGCACUUGCAGCUGCUUUAGAAGGAAGCAACAGCAAAGUACAGUUGAUACUUUACGUGGCACAGGGGCCUAAAUUUCAUGAAAUAUCAACUUUGAUAAAACCAGUACAUGUUGCUGCCAUAUGCUCUCUUCUUGCAUCUGUGCAGAGGUGCUCGGGUAUUUGGCGCUUAAGGGAGGUUUUAGAUCAAUACAAAUGGCCUGAACUACUUGAAACUGAUUUUAUAUACGGUUCAUCCUCCAUUGGGACAUCAAUUGACCCGAAAUUCCUAGCUGCUUUUGCGGGAGCAGCUGGAAAGAGAUCACCCCAGUAUGCUGAUUCAGAAGAAUCUGAUCCAGAGUGGGGGGUCUGGAAUGCGAAUCAAGAGGCACAAAAUCCAUCUAUGAGAAUCCUAUUCCCUACUAUUCAACGAGUUAAGGAUGCACCUUGUGGGAUUUGGCCCUCUAGACGGCUUCUUUGCUUCUCAGAGAAAACAUGGCAAAGGCUGAAAACUGUAGAUAUGUUGCGUGAUUCCAUUCCUCAUCCGAAGUGCAGAGUAGGCUAUCCCAUGCAUGUGAAGGUGGCCAGAAGACGCUUCAGAUCUAAGUCAGGUAAAUCCUCAUUUGGUUGGGUGUAUUGUGGUUCGCAUAACUUCAGCCCAGCAGCUUGGGGACGUCCAGUAGCUGCGCCAUCUACAGAAAGAACAGAUAAAUCUACCGGAACCACCUCUAGUCAAAGCUCAAGACUACACAUCUGUAAUUACGAGCUUGGAAUUAUAUUUGUUGUCCCCCCUUCUGAUAAGAACUCCAAGUCUACCGGCUUGGACGACAUUGUUUUGCCAUUUGUUGUGCCUGCUCCAAAAUAUCGGCAUUGUGACAUACCAGCAACUGCAAAGGCUAUGAGGGAGGCCUUGGCAGAACUUGGUGAGCUAGAGAAGAAAAAUAUUGAAAAUCAAGCAGGGGAAGAAGUGGAAGAGACUAUGACAUUGAUGGAAGACGAGGUACCAGAAGAAGAGGAAGUUGUUGAGAUGACUAAUUAUGUUCCCGAAGAGAAGGACGAAGAAAAGGCUUACGCCGAAACCCUUUGGAGCCAAGUUGAUUCAUCUGAGAGUUGAUACUAACUUUCACUUAUCUGUAACUGUGGGUGAUUUCAUGUUGUACAGUGUGUUGUUGUUGUGUACCACUUACAGAAAAAAAAAAAAAGGGGGGGUGUUGAUAGAUCAACCCCAUUCUGUAGGAUUAUUUCAGACUACUGUAUACUAGCUAAAAGCCAUUGUUGAUAAAAUCAUUUUAAAUGUAAUCAGUUAAGAGUAUUUGAUUAGUACUCUAAGAUUUAGGAACAAGUAAUAUGAAGUAAU